AUGAUAUUGUUCUCUUUCACUGCCUUUGUGUCUCUUCUGGCACUUCCCACUGCAGUGCACUCCAAGCCACACUGCAAACUCUCUCCCCUUGACGCUGAAUGGCCAUCAACCGAAGAAUGGGCCGCACUGAACGCAUCAAUCCAAGGAACUCUGAUCAAGACCACCCCAGUUGCGUCGUCCUGCUAUCGCGGAAAUCCCUUUGGCUCGACUGAAGAUUGCACAAUCGUGAAGAAGUACUGGUCAUAUGCUGCAUACCACUCUUCUUGGCCUGAGAGCAUCGAUUACUCGAUCUAUACAAACAACUCCUGCGUGCCUCCUGGUGUUGCGGGUUAUACUGAGGGAAGAGGCUGUAGCAUCGGGGCUCUCCCACAGUAUAUUGUCAAUGCGACGACUGAGGAGCAGGUAGCGACAGCAGUGCAGUGGGCGUCUAGAAGAAAUAUUCGUAUCGUGGUGAAGGGAACAGGCCAUGAUCUCAGCGGACGAUCUACCGGCGCAUAUUCACUUUCUAUCUGGACGCACAACUUUAGACACAUCGUCCAUCGACCUUCAUGGUCGGUGCCUGGUUCCAACCGCACUGCGGACGUUGUGAUCGUUGGGAGUGGCAACAACUGGGGAUCUAUAUACACUGCCGUGCAUGCUAUUAACCGCACCGUUGUCGGCGGUCAGGACGCCACCGUAGGACCUGGCGGAUUGAUUCAGAACGGAGGCCACGGACUCCUUUCUAGCCACCACGGCCUGGCUUCAGAUCAGGUAUACCAGGUCACAGUUAUCACGACGGACGGCCGUCGUCUAGUGGCUAAUCAUGCUGAGAAUGAAGAUCUAUUCUGGGCUGUCCGAGGGGGUGGUGGAGGCCAGUUUGGAGUUGUCACCGAGUUUGUUCUGAAGACGCACCCUGUGCCUGCGAAUGUUGUCACUGGGGGUCUUUCUUUCUAUCCCAAUCGCGGUGUGAAGGCCAGUGAGCUUGCCUCAUGGAAUGCCUUGGCGGAAACGGCACGGAUGAUCCCUGAUCUGAUGGACUUGGGUUUCACGGGCACUGUCACAGCGCUCACGAAGGAGGCAGCCAUGAUGCUCACCGGCGCCAAUGAGACGAUCCCCGGCGUGGCAGUCUCCAUCAACCUAAUUGGAUACAAUACAACGACGAGGCAAAUGAACUCCUCGCUUCACCACCUGGCAGCCCAAAUCAUGCAUUACCACAAUUCAAGCGCCCUCACACUGACAUAUCAGCCCCACUCAGCUCAGAGUUACUGGACCUUUGCGAACCCCGACCCAUUGGCUAGCAGGGCCUCGGGGGCUAGUAGUACCAUGAGCAGUCGCCUUCUGGGCCGUCGAGAGCUCACUGACCUACCAAAGGCCAACUUAAUCACCCACCUACAACAAGUCCUUAAGCCCCAGGAACCAGAAAAGGGGGGUAUGCUCCUCCUCGGCCUGCAGGGCGGUCCUGGACCCGCCACCACGCCACCAGAGAUGCGCGGUAGCGUGCUCCCCGCCUGGCGCUCCGCAUACGUCCACGCCAUGGUCUACGGCGCAUCGAUCAAUGACACCGCAGACCCAUCUGAGGCGUUGGCAGCGGCCGCAAAAUGGCACGAAUCGACCAUUGAACCGGUUUGGAGGCGCUGGGCGCCGGAUACGGGCUCUUACAUGAACGAGGGAAACGCGUUCAGUAGGGCCUGGAAGAAGGACUUUUACGGCGAGAAUUAUGACCGGCUGCUUGCGAUUAAGCAUAAAUAUGACCCUGACGAGAGUCUGUUCGUCUGGAGUGGUGUUGGAAGUGACGGGUGGGAUUAUGAUUUGCGCAGUGGGCUGCUUUGUCGAAGGUAG